AUUGUCGCAAUAUUUCAAUAUGGAGCACCUUCUCUUCAAAAUAUUUUUAAUUUGCUUUACGGAGGACUUUGUUUUCGCAUAUACUUUAACAAACGAGCAGAACUUGCAUACAGCGCUGCUAACUGGAUAUAAUAAAGAUCUGCGACCAGGGACGGACAGAACUUAUCCUCUUGAAGUAAACGCGACUUUUUACCUGUUUUCGAUCAAGGAGUUCGAUCUAGAUACGGGAAAAUUCUCUCUCACUGGUGUGUUUCAAGUCAACUGGUACGACGAAAGACUUUCCUGGGAUUUAGCAACUUACAAUCAGACAAACUCAACGUCCAUCCCUCAGCAGAAACUAUGGCUUCCUGAUCUGAUAAAUGUAAAUCCAUACGAAAACAUAAGGGGAUUAGGAAGCGAUUUGAUUAAAGUGAUCGUUUUCUAUACAGGAAUGUGCGACUGGUACGCCCUCCAAGCAUUCGAAGUCAUAUGUGAUGCUGAUGUAACUAAAUUUCCUUUUGAUACCCAAUAUUGUACGUUAAAAUUCUUCAUUUGGGGUUAUCAACCGAAUGAAGUAAAUGUGAAUUUUAUUUCAUCAAAAAUGAUUCUAACAUUGUAUACCGAAAAUGGUAUCUGGGAAGUUGCAGAUUCGAUAUGUCAUACACAGUCAAACGUGUACGGUUAUAAAGAAAUAGUUGUUGGCUUGCAUCUUAAGCGGAGAACUGCCUACUAUGUUGUGAGUCUCGUUUUACCAAUAACGACAAUUGCAGGACUGAUGGGGUUUGUUUUUCUUGUGCCCCAUGAUUCCGGCGAGAGACUUGGGUUCUCCAUCACAGUGCUGUUAUCUAUUGUUGUGUAUCUGACAAUAGUCCAGGACAUGCUUCCAGAAGCUUCAGAACCGAACAUUUCCAUUAUGGGAUACAUUCUUGUUAGCUUCGUUCUCAGUGGCGCCCUUGUUGUCGUUCUUGUAAUAAUAAGUUUGAGGAUCCAGAACUGUCCAGACGACAAGCCUAUUCCACAAAGUGUUGCUCAAGUAGUUAGGUGUUGUCGCAGGAGGCGACAGAAGAAGAAUAAAGACUCCGUAGAACCGAUUAAUGAAAAAUGUGGGUCAUUGGAUGACGAUGAAAGCGAUGGACACGUGACCUGGUAUGAAGUUGGAAAGUGCUUUGAUUUCGUGUGUUUCACAAGUUUAAUAACUCAGUUAAUUGUAACGUGUGUAACGUAUUUCUCCAUUGUGUUGUCAUAGUAUAUAUUUAUAAACAUCCGAAUUUAAUAGACAAGUCUUUUCUAAAUAAAAGAGUUACAGCGAUAUAAUAUUUAUAUUGUUAAAAUAUGAUUCUAAUGCAAUUGUUUUGUAAAACACAUUUUGAUUGGCUAAUGCACUAAUGUUUGAAGCAGUAAAACGAGCAUUAACGAGCGUGAAAGCUUUUUCAUUGUGACGUCAUAAUAGAGCGACGCAAAAACAAUGCUCCGUGACGUAAUUUAUGUAACAAAAUUCAACAAAAUAAGAUGUAAACAACAAACAAAAUGCACGAAUUGCAUUAGAAUGGGAAUAACUAAUCUUCUAAUUUGGUAUUUGCGACUGUUAAUGCUGAUUUAACGGUCGCAAACAUCCGUUUUACGCGUCGCCGGUAAAACUCAGUUUGCGACCGUUAAAUCAGCAUUAACGGUCGCAAAUACCAAAUUAUAAGAUAGUUAUUCCCUAAAUGUAAAGGUAUAAGCUUAAUUCGUUUUUAUAUAAAGAUAGGGCUACUGAAAGGUGAGACAUCGAAAUCAGUUUUAGAUUUAAAAAACCAUUCUUAAUUUAUAUCUGAAAAGCAUACAAUAUGUCCAUUAUUGUUGUUUUUGAAGUCGGUAGCAAUAAAUCAAAUAUUUCA